UUUGGCUCAGUGGGAAAUUGUGGCAGUCAGUCAGUCCUCUGCUACCCGCUGCUCGGUUCGGUUCAAGGUUCCACAGGAUAGUCGGAAAAGUGCAUAACAUCGGAAGAAAAGCGCUAAUCGCGUGUCGUCUAUUUACAGGUUUUAUGAGUAUGGCGAGAUCAUUUGGGUUGGUCGGUUGGAUAGGGAUACUAUGUUGGAUUCCAAUCAAUGUUGCGAUCGAUAUCCCGCCGUACUGCGAUCACCAUACGACAAUCACCAGCCAGUAUGAAGAGUACUUCGACAUCGACGAGAUGGGAAACAACCGAACUGAGAAGAACGUUGUAGACCUUCUGCUCUAUGUUCAGUUGUCCAACAAACAAGAGGAAAUUGCACUUCUUCUGUCGGCCAGCAAUCGUUCUCGGCAACAUCCCGAUUACGAGAAAACCUACGAGAUACGAAUUAGCAACGUGUACACCGUGAUCUACAAGGAAACUCUCCGGAUGUCAGCCCACCAUAGCCAUUCGUUCAACUUCUUUCCGGCCGAGCACUUCCAGCUUCACAUCAAGAUCACCCGCAAGGGUUUGAUCAGCGUCGUAAUCGAUGGCCUGGGCAAACCAAUUCUUUCCGUAGUCGACGAACAUCCGGCGAUUGAUGUUCACUACGCCAGCUUUGGAUCGCGAAUGAACGCUUAUCCGAUUACGUGGUACUUCAACUGUCGGUCACCGCCAACGACGGCCCUACCGGAAACGGAAAAACCCGGCGAUAAUGAAGGCGAAGACCACUUCAGUCAGAACGAUGCCGCCGAACUGGAUGAGAACAAGUGUCCCGUCUGUCCGAAACCGGCCAAGUGCGAAGUGGUGGUUCGUGCCUGUUCGAGCUCCUCACAGGAUCUGCUGCAGAUGAGCGACGCCGAGAAGCAGAAGUACUUUUUCUACUUCAACGUGUACUUGAGCAAGAAUGGCAAGACUGGGAAGGCGAUUGCGUCAUCCGGGUUCAACAAUGAUAACAAAAUUGAUUAAGAUGGGUUAAAUGAAAAAUGAAGUAGAAAAUCACAUAUCGUUCAAUUUAUCGCAUAUCCCUUCAAUGGCAAAUGAAUUUCUCCAACUUGAUAUCUUGGUAGUUUGCUGAUUCCUAUCUUUAAAAUUGUUAUAGAAUGUAGGUCGUAUUUCCAGAGUUUUAACAUAUCAAAUUUUAAGCAAAACAUGAACAAAACUUCAACUAUAUACAAAUUACAUAAAUUCUCAUUGUUCUAGCAUUGUGAACUGUUACAGAACCAAGUUUUAAUAUUUGCAAUUUCUUCAACUUAGUACACAUGGUAAAGUAUGACAAUAAAUUAUUCUCAGUAGGUAA